AUUACAGGAAACCUGAAGGAGAAAAACUGCACCACUCUGUUUUCCAAUUUAAACACAACUUAUACAAACACAUACUACUUCAGAAUUAUGAACUGGCCGUACAGAGCAACAGCUGUUUGUGAUCCUCUUAAAAUAACAAUUAAAGAUUCUCCUUGGAGGCCCAAUAUUACAAUCCCAGGUGAUCUGAAGGAGAAGGAGUCUGUCACUAUAACCUGCUCAGCUCUCACUCCCUGUCCACACUCCCCUCCUCAACUCACCUGGAAUCUCCAACAAGACUCUCACAACAAAAUAGAGGAAAACACAGAUGGAAGCUAUACAACUAAAAUCCAGCAGACCAUCACUCUGUCAGACACACAUGAUGGAAAGAAGAUCAGCUGCUCUGCCAGAUAUCCUGUGAACCAAGGAAAAGACACCAAGACAGCAGAGACAGAAGAGACUCUCAGUGUUUCAUAUGCUCCUAAAGACACCUCAGCAUCCAUCAGUCCAUCAGGUUUGGUGUCAGCAGGCAGCUGGGUGAAGCUGACCUGCUCCAGCAGAGCCAAACCUCCAGUCAGCAGCUUCACCUGGUUCAAGAAGAGCAGAGAUGGAGCUGUGAAAGUAUCUGAAGGAGAGAUUUACAGCUUCAAUGUAACAGAUGGAGGAGUUUAUUACUGUGUGGCCACUAAUGAUCUGGGUAAUCAGACAUCAGCAGAGAUUAAUGUGACUGUUGGAGGUGAACAGUCAGGAAAACUCUUUGGUGUCUACACUAUAGUGAAGACUGUGGGAAUCAUACUGCUUGUGAGCACACUGGUCUUAUUUGAGUGCUGGUUUAAAUCAGGACGCUUCAACACACCAGAGACAGAAAGCGUUCACAUGAACAGAGCAGCAUCACAGUCUAAUAAUUAAAGUGUCUGCAAGAAGAGGACAAACAUCUCGGAGAUCAGCAGUGUUAACAUCUGCAUGCUGACACAAACAUCUGUAUAGUACUCAAGUAAUGUUAACAUUUGGAUGUGAACCCUUUUGUUUAAGAUAACUAACAUGUUAGGAUGCAAAUCUAUGACUGACCUUGACAUUUGCUGAUAGCUGAUAAAAAAUAAUCACUAUCUGAAGCGUUUAUCAACAAUCAGCUGUCUGCUGCACAAAAAAACCACACUGUGGUGUUACUGUGAAUUGUUUGUGCUGAAGGCACCACUCCACAUAUGAUGAAAGAUAAAGUGUCUGUUUGUGGCUGAUUUACUUCACUGGUGAAGAAGAACUGAUGAGUUAAAAACAGAACCUUACUGAGACAUUUGACCAACAGGAAGCUGCAGACACAGUUUCUAUCAGGUCAACAACAUUUCUUAAUCAUGUGGUCAGUGACUCUGUGUAUUUAUUCAUUGUUUGUGUUCAUGUUUUAAGAUAUUAUUUAUGAAGUUAGUAUAUACAAGAAAAUGUCUACAUGUAGGUCAUU